AUGGCUGAAAGUCUGAUACUGUUAUUGUCCUAUUUGAGAACAAGGUUUUAUCAUUUACGGUCAAAACUGCCUCCCGGACCGCAUCCGCUGCCACUCAUCGGCAAUAUUUUACUAUUCAAACGGAAAGAUCAUUGGGAUGUAGUGUUCAGAGAAUUGGCCAAACAAUACGGCCCGGUAUUCACCUUUUGGUUCUUCAAUAGACCACAAGUUGUUGUGACGGACGUAGAGAUGGCGAGAGAGGCCUUUAAGAAGAAUGACAUCGCCGGCAGAGACAUGUCAUACAUUGCGAAUCUAUUGUCUAAUGAUAAGCACUCAGACGUGGUAUUUGCCGAUUACGGGCACAGAUGGGAGGCGUUGAGACGAGUGGCACAUUCGGCCGUACAGAAAUAUUCAAUAAAUGAAAGACUAGUCUCUGUGGCCACCGAUUCAGUCGAUCGUAUGGUUAAAGCAAUGUUAAAGAGGGAAGGAGUCGGUAAUGCUUUCAAUCCGAAAGAUUAUAUCUAUUUGUUAUUUCUAAACAUAUUGGCCACCAGUGCUUUUGGACAGAGUGCUAAGAAUGACGCCCUCAGAGACGGCAAAGAGUCGGCCCCUUAUCUCACGGACGCCAACCUUGCGAUGACUGUUAUGGACCUAUUCUUCGCCGGAACCGAUACAUCUCAGGGAACAUUUCAAUGGCUUUUGCUAUUUAUUUGCUAUUAUCCGGAAAUGCAGAAAAAGUUGAGACAAGAGAUUGAGUCCCAAAUCGGAGACCGAAUGCCAACACAUGAGGACAGGAAUCGAUGCCAUUAUGUCAUGGCUUUCAUCGCUGAGACACUGAGAUUCAGAAAUGUUGCGCCCACUGGACUUCCACAUAAAGCCAUUGUUAAUACAAUACUUGAUAAAUAUACAAUACCUAAAAAUAUGUCAGUUAUUGUAUACCACGGAAUCAUAUGCCGUAAUGACAAGGAUUGGCAAAAUGACAAUAAAUUCAAACCCGAGAGGUUUAUUAAUAAUGAGGGACAGUUCAUAACAACCCGUCCCAAAGCGUUCAUACCCUUCGGUGUGGGCCGUCGUGUCUGUCCGGGAGAGAAGUUAGCCAUCGCUGACCUGUUCCUGGUUUUGGUCCGAUUCCUUCAGUCCACACAAGAUUAUGAGUUAGUUCUCGACAGCCAUAACGGCAUUGAAGUCGAUCCAAAUGUUUCGGAUACUUAUUAUCCGUGCAGUUAUAAAAUUUCAUUAAAACAAACAUAA